GAACUACGACGAAGAUAGACGAAACUGGCCGAAGCUGUAUAUCCAACGUGAGCAGAAGCAUCUGCUAUGAGACCUGAAGGAAGAGCUCUGCGAUCACGAUAGUAUAUAAGCAAAGCAUCUUAAAAAGGAUUAUAAUGUCUUAAUAUAUUUAAAACGGCUCAUGUCAGUGGGUGUCCACUGAGCUGCCUGUAAGAUGUCUCUGGUGCUGUUUGCGUCUGUGGUGAGAGUGAGGGACGGUCUACCACUCUCAGCCUCCACAGACUAUGAACAGGAUAAAGGAUUUCAGGAGACUACGAAACAUCUCAAGGGUCUAUCCAAAAAACUCGGCCAGUUUCCUGAUCGCUGCUCACUCAGAUCUGGCCUUUAUAACAUCAAUUUCACAAGCUCUCUUGGAGUCGGGUACCUGAUGGUUUGCACAGAAAGCUAUCCCAAUGUCCUGGCCUUCAGCUUCCUGGACGAGCUUCAGAGAGAGUUCAUUGUCACGUAUGACACCAAGAGGAUCAACAGCGCUUUGAGGCCUUUCUCUUUCAUUGAGUUUGAUAACUUCAUUCGGAAAACCAAGCAACGUUACAACAGCCCACGUUCCCUCUCCACCAAGAUUAAUCUGGCCGACAUGCAGACUGAGUUCAAGCUCCGACCUCCUUAUCAGCUGUCCGCCGAAGACAUUGGAACAAUCAACGGCUUCUCACAACAAAAGCAGUCUAAAUAUAAAGGCAUAGCUCCUAAUCAAAUGUUGGAGGCCAUCACCCUGUCUGGUCUCGUCGCCUGCGUCCUAAGUGUCCUGUGCGGCGCUCUUAAUUUGCUGCGGGGAGUCCACGCAAUAGAAAGUGUAUUGCAGAACGAGGAUGAAGACUUUAAUUACGUAGUUGCUUUUUUCCUCGGAACCGUGGCCUGUGUGUAUCAGUGUUACUUGUUCGCCUACUUCUCAAUUUGGAGGAACAUCAAGUCAUUCCUGGCCUUUGCUAUGAUCUGCCUAUGUAACAUGUAUCUGUAUGAACUGCGUAACAUGUGGCAGAUCCUUUUUCACGUGACGGUGGGAGCAUUCAUCACUCUGCAGAUCCACCUGAGACAACCACAGGGCAAAUCACCUGACUACAACGUUUGACCCCCUUGAACACUUUUAAGACUACGUAAUGUAGCCCAACAUGGCAACCCCAACCUGUUCCCACCACAUCGAAGGACCAAAGAACUAUGGAUUGUGAAGCAGGUUUUACUAAAUAUUUUGCUAUUGUUCAAGAAACAUCCGGUCGAGGUCACAGAUGAGAAACUGGUGUUCUUGUUGACGCGAAAGGAUCAUAACCGAGAAUUCAUAAGCGCACAGUAUUAGAUUCACGCAUUAAAUAUUGAAGGAAGCAUUAACAGAUGAAUCAGAUGUGCACAGUUAAUAUAUUUCACAAUAGGAAGGAAUUGUUUUUUGUUUAAUUGACAUCAGGGCUUAAAGGGACCGCUCAUCCAGAAAUGAAAAUUCUUACAUAUCUUGAACAAUGGCUUGAACAUGGAUGGUGAACAGGGUCUGUCGAAAAUAAAAAAAAUAAUAAAUUCUGAAAAAAGCAUCAAAAUAGCAAAUAAAUAAUUAUUAUUUACACACAGAUGCAUAUUUUUUAUAGGAUUGUUUCAAUACCAAAUCAAAAGUGUAUAUAUAACUUUUUCUCUUUUUUUUUUUUUGUAAUUUGCAAUGCUUCAUUUGUCUUUUUGUCUUAUUUUCAAAUAGUUUUUUGCUACAAAUUGAAGUUUGUAAUGAUUCAAUUCACCGAUAACUGAUGACGUUUUUUUUUUUUCAAAAAUGAAAUAAAUUAAUUGAAAAAUACUUUUGCUGCACCUUAACUGUGUGUAAGAAACCAAUCAAAAUGUAAGUUAUUAUUCACUAGUUUAGUAGUUCAUUAUAAAAAAAAAAAAACCUCUUGCUUGACCGUUGUAAUAAUUCAUAUUUUAUUACAGUAAAUCACAGCUUAUACCAUCAUCAAAACAUUUCCUUUCGUGUUCCACUGAAUAAAGAAAUCAUUAAAACUUUUCAUUCUUGGGUGAACUUGUCCUUUGAGAUGUCAUUUUAGAAUUUUUUGAUGUAUUGUAUGACGCUUUCUCUAUUGUGAUUGUUAAAGCCAAUUCAUAUGCAAGACUUUUUAUAGCUGCCUUUUUAAAAGAAUUGACCGUGCUGGAUUUUCACUCCUUUCUGCAAAAUCAGACUUUGGUGAUUUUAUUUUGUCAUAUGCUUUCAUCGAUGCCUAAUUUGGGUGUCACUGUGUUUGUGGUCAUUAGUCAGACGUCUCUGCUCUGAAAGCAGAAUCAGAUGUGUUAUUUAUCAAUCGUGUCUAUGCUGCCUGCAGGUGUGCUUCCUGCAAAUUAAUGUGGUUGGCUAAGAGAAAUGGAAUCACACUAAUAGACAGACUCUGUUUUUUACCCCCUCAUUGUUUGCUGCCUUUUGUCAACGGGUCUGUUCAGUGACUGUUGAGUGGUAUAAAUGAGUUCUGUUUUAUUCUGUUUCUGUUCA